AUGGAAGCCCACGAUAGUACAAAGUCGCUCGGAUCUGUUACAUCAUCAACUCCAGAAGCCGAUCGAGAUCCCCUAAGCUGCUCAAUUUGCAAGAAACGUACUGUAAAUCCAAAGUUCCUCCCCUGCCUACAUUCAUUUUGCUACCAGUGUAUCAAAAAGCUGCCAGAAAGCGGAGAUCUCAAUUGCCCUGAUUGCUUUGCCUCGUUUCAGUUUUUGACGAAGGAAGAAGAUUAUAUUACUGAUUAUACCAAGAUCGUAUCUGAUUCCAACGACGCCACGAAAUGCGACCUUUGUUGUUCCGAAGAACCCCUGGACGGAUACUGCGUUAGCUGUGAAAUUUCCUUGUGCGUAUUUUGCCGUCAAGCUCACUUGCGGCAAAGUGCAACGAAAAGCCACGUAAUCAACAAACUACAGAGCUGGACAGUGCAGUGUACAACUCAUCCUGAAGAACAGUGCUCGAUUUUUUGCCUCACAUGUUCGGAGCUUUGUUGCAGAGACUGUUGCCUGACAAUCCACCGAUCCCAUGAAACUCAAUUCGUCGAAGAAGUAGAUGGCCCCUUAGUUCAUCAAUUUGCCGCACGACUUGAUGAAAAUGAUCAAUUGAUAAACGAUCUGUCAGAUAAACUUGAUGAAGCUGAGAAACGAAAAGAAACGAUUGAAAAAGAGGCCGAAUUUGUUACUCAACAAGUGACUGACUACUUUGAUCGAUACAUUGAAGCCAUCAAGAAACAUUCAGAAGACGUCAUCAAAAAUGUCCAAACAAUUAAGAACGCCGAGCUCUCAAAAAUGGACGAAAUGAUCGGCGACCUAAAAGCACUCGGACAAGACAUCGAGACAGCUACGGAUGUCGGAAAUGUCGCUGCAGAUGUUGGAGGAGCUCAAAUGGUGCACAUGCUUCCAAUCUUGAAUGACAGAUUUACGAAUCUUCAUACAAAGGCUUCGCGACUUGAACCAAUACCAGCAAAGUUCUCAGUUGGAUUCGAUGCGACGAAAGAUGUUACUUUCGAGGAAAUGAGCUUCAAGGGAGACUUAGAAAGCAAAGUAUCGGCAAGAAAAUGCAAGCUGAUACAAAAUUUCAAGGCUGCGAAUGUAAACGAACCCUUCGAAUUCAUCCUUGAUACUUCUUCAUGCUCUACCCCCAUAUCAACACGCGACGUGUCUGUUGAUAUCCGACACAAACGAUCACAAGAAAGUGGAAAAUACAAAAUCCGAGCGGGCGCAGAAGGGAACAUCCUUCUAAAAUUCCUGACAAGCACGACUGGUCAUCAUGAAAUCAAAGUUUCGAUAAAUGGGCAUCAGCUGAAAGAAUGCCCAUUGAAAGUCUCCGUCCGAAGCCGUCGAGCAUCCUCUCGAGCAUCUACGAAAAACCGCGACCAUCUGAUCUCAAGCCCAACAGCUCACCUGACAAGUAGUAGACCAAUGUCGCCAAACGACUCGGUUACCUCACAUUUUCAAACUGUUACACUUUAA